CUAAACAUUGCCGGCGAUUCUAUAUUGACCUUGCUCUUGUGAGAGUAUGCCAUAGUUUUCUCUUUGACAAAUUGUACUCCAUUACGAGAUCUACCAUAAGUUUCUAUACGUCAUGGCAUUCUUUGGUUGUUGCAGUAGACGAGUUUUUAUCACAUCUCUUACGGUUUUCGGGCUCAUUCUCCUUGUAAGUGGCACUAUAUUAACGGCAAGUCAUGUGUUCUCGAAGCUCAUCAAGGAUAAAGUGAAUGAGGAUGUCCAAUUGAAACCUGGCAGCACAGUGUAUAAAGAGUGGGUGAAUUCAAGUGUCCCUUUCUAUAAGAAGUUCUAUAUGUUUAACCUGACAAAUCCUGAGGAGGUAAUGAAUGGAAAUGCAACUCCCAAUGUGGAACAGAUUGGACCAUAUUCCUACAGAGAAUUAAGGUCAAACAAGGUGCUUAAGUGGACAGAUGAUGACAGCAUUGUGACAUUCAUGCCAAACAGAACAUAUAUUUUUGAUCCAGAGACAUCCUGUGCUGGUUGCCAUGAUAAGAAUGACACUUUUGUUAACGUCAACAUUCCUCUAUUGACCUUGGCUUUGUGGCUGAGAAAUACCAAUUAUACAAAGGAACAACCUAAGGUCUGUUCAGCGGGAAUUAAAGCUACAGUGGACAAAUUCAAGCUCAAAUUGUUUCGAAGGAAGACCGUUUAUGAUAUACUCUGGGGAUAUCAGGAUGAAUUUCUUAAGUUCCUUCUCAAGAUUUCCAAACUAACAGGAUGUCCUGCUCGAGAAGGAAUUACAACAUUUAUCCAAUUACAGUACAACAACACAUUUUAUGGCAUCAGUUCCGUAAACACUGGAAGAACUGACAUAAGCAAGCUGGAACAGUUCACUAUGUGGAGAAACGAAUCCCAUUUAUCCUGGUGGAGUGAUAAAUAUGCAAACAUGAUCAACGGAACAGACGCUACUCAAUUCGCUCCAGAUGUCGAUAAAGAAAACAAAUUUUAUGUUUUCUCGCCAGGAAUUUGUAGAUCCGUGCAUUUCACGUAUGAAAAGGAAGUCACUUUAAAGGAUAUCAAGCUGUAUCGCGUUACAAUAUCAGAUGAAGUUUUUAAAAGUGGCGAUGUAUAUCCUCCUAAUAGAGGAUUCUGCAUAACUCCUGGCUGCUUACCAACCGGAUUGUUGAAUAUUAGUCUUUGUCAGCCGAUGAAUCCACCAGUAGUUACAUCCCCUCCUCAUUUCUACCAAAGUGAUAAGUCUCUGUUACAAACGGUUCAUGGGCUGAAACCAGAGAAGAGUGAACACGAGACUUUCUUGGAAAUUGAACCGAUAACAGGCAUUGUAAUGAGAGGUGCCCAAAGGGUUCAGAUAAACAUUGCCCUGGAGUCCGUGGAUGUGUUACCCCAAACCAAAGGGAGUUUUGAAAAAGUGUUUUUACCUUUUAUGUUCGCCAGCGAGGUUGCAGAAAUCACCGACGAAAAGGCCUCAGAUUUCCGUGAAAAAUUUUCCAAAAUGAACACGGCAAUGAAGAUAACAAAGAUGUUCGAGUAUAGUUUGAUUGUAAUUGGUGCCUUUCUGUUAGGAGUUGUGUUACUAUUGCCUUGCUUUGAUAACGACAAAAAGGUUCAAGAAAACGGAACGAAGAUUGAAGAAAAAGACGAAAAGCAUCCGUUAAUAGAUUCUUCUAGGAAGACCUUUGCACAUCAAAGUACUUGAAACACAUUGCUACUCUUAGAUCCUCGCACUGUCCUAAAGGUGCUUGUUAAAUGAACGAAAAUCGGCAUUGCACUAGGUUCCGGACCACCUGGUUCAGAAAACGUCGACAAUACGUAUUCUUAAACGAACAAACACCAAAACAAAAUCAGAACAAAAAGAAAACAGAAACGAAAUCAAAUAAAGAACAAAACGGGAAAAGGAAAGGAAAAUAAAAAUCUCAAGUUUUUCGUUGGACGUAAAAGUAGACAUGUCAGUAGCCCUUUUUAUUUUGGUCUGUACAUCUUGAGACUAAUUUCUUCAUCAUCAUUGUUAUCUUUCUUGAUUGGUAUCUUAUCACUUCUCUAGUAUUUUUUCAUCCUUAAUGAACUUUUGUUAUCCUGCUAAAACUUUUUUAGAAAAUUCUUUGUGUCAUGGAGUGACCUGUUACACGUUUAGAGCGGCAUAGAUUAUGAACUGGGUUCCUAUAUGUGUGGAAGGUAUUUUAAGUGGGCCACAUGCAACGUAUAACCGUGAUUAUUUUUGGAAUUUAAAGAA